AUGAGCUUUGCGUGCCUUGUGUGCCACAGUGUAGACAGCACAUCCCACUCAUUUAGAAGCUACUCUGUUUCUAGCUCAGACAAUGAAGGAAGAUGCUCUAUGAUUGCGAGCUGCCUCUCAAGGACAUCACUCAUCCAAGCUGUGAGAUCCAAUAAUUUCCCUGCCUCAUCAUCCUCAAAGGUAACCCCACAAUCCACUUUCCAAGGAGGUGAACUGAUGAUAACAGAAGGAGCCUCGCCAAGGUAUGUGACAUCUGGGUCUUUGAGAAGUUCUAUUCCGCACAGGAGCUUGCUGGCGUCUCUAUGGCCGUAUUGA